AUGAAGGAUGCAUUGUCUCGUUUAGAGCACCAUGACAUUGAAAAUGUUGCAUCUAAAGUUUUUAAAACGAGUUAUGACAAUCUCCAAGAUGAUGAGACUAAAUCCACUUUUUUGCUUUGUGGAUUGUUUCCAGAAGAUUUCAAUAUUCCUAUCGAAGAGUUGGUGAGGUAUGGAUGGGGAUUGAAAUUAUUUAAAAAAGUGUAUACCAUAAGAGAAGCAAGAACUAGGCUCAACACCUGCAUUGAGCGGCUGAUCCAUACAAAUUUGUUGCUUGAAAGUGUUGAUGUUAGAUGGGUCAAGAUGCACGAUUUGGUUCGUGCUUUUGUUUUGGGUAUGUAUUCUGAAGUGGAGCAUGCUUCAAUUGUCAACCAUGGUAAUACACAAGAGUGGCAUGUGGAUGAUACAGAUGACUCUUAUAAAAGACUUUCAUUAACAUGCAAGAGUAUGUCCGAAUUUCCUAGAGACCUCAAAUUUCCAAACCUAAUGAUUUUGAAACUUAUGCAUGGAGAUAAGUUCUUGAGGUUUCCAUAA